GACAGGACAGACAGGUUAUUCUGUCCGACCAGGCUUUUGAGGAGAUGUUGUUACAAAUAUAAUUAGUUCCAAACCAGUUUUCAGUCUUUAACGUUAAUAUUCAUGUUGCUCUGAGUAUUAAUAGCUGCAGGUGUAGGUCAUACUUCUGAAACUAUUGGACUGACUGGGUUGAAUAAAGGCUGAGUACAGAGCACCAGGCAGGACUGGAGAGAGACAUGGUGAACCAGGGGAAGGUCCAGAUCAGCAGCACUGAACAGAUCCUAGAAGAUAAGAGCUCUGGCUCUCUGGGAUGUUGCGGCUGGCUUCUGUUCGGAAUCUCUCUAAUCUUCACGGUGUUCCUCUUCCCCAUCACCAUCUUCAUGUGCGUCAAGGAGUGGGGUAUCAAGGUGGAGCGCGUGGAGAUUAAAGACGUGAAGCUGCCCCACCAGCUGCAGAGAGCCAUGGCUGCAGAGGCAGAAGCUAGCCGUGAGGCCAGGGUGAAGGUGAUAGCAGCAGAGGGGGAGGUGAACGCCUCCCGGGCCCUGAAGGAGGCGUCUCUAGUGAUCGCUGAGUCUCCAUCAGGCCUCCAGCUGAGAUACCUCCAGACCCUCACCACCAUCGCUGCAGAGAAGAACUCCACCAUCAUCUUCCCUCUGCCCAUAGACAUGGUCAGCCACUUCAUGCAGAGGAAAUGAGGGGUCACAGAGAGGCAGUGUUGCAUCUCUCCUCCCCUUUUGCCCUCCUUCACAGAUCUGAUAGGACUGGAUAGGUGAAAGUAACAUGGCAGAAAUGGCUGUUAUUCACACAUAUCCAGGAAGUGAAAUGGCUGUUAUUUACACCUAUCCAGGAA